AUGAUGGCAAGGAGAGGAGGGAAAACUAAAGUGUCUGGAUCAAGGAACAAAACACCAAAGAAAACACCUAAUGGUAAGAAACAUAAGAUUAAUGCAAAGGAGGAUGUGUCCCUAACCUGUGAUGAGGAUUUUGUUGAUCUUUUUACACAUACACCUAAUGGUAAGCAAGGUAUGAGUCAAGCAAUAGAGGAUGUUCAGGAACAAGAACACGAUGACAAUGAGGUGAAGGUGAGUGAAAGAGUUACUUUACAAGAGUUGCUGAUGUCUGGAUAUACAUAUGCUGAUGCAGUGGCUGCUAUGAAAAAGAUUGAAGAAAAACAGGCUAAGGAACGAGUUGAAGAUAGAGAGGUUGAAGAAGAAGAAGUUGAAGGCAUACAGGUUGAGCAAGAAGAAGUUGAAGGCAUAGUGGUUGAGGAAGAAGGAGUUGAAGAGACAGAGGUUGGAGCAAUAGUCCUACCCUCCAGAAGAAGUUAUGGUGCUUACAAUUUCCAUUGGGAGAAAAAGAGAAAACCAUCUGAAAGAAUUAGGAAGUUGAAGCUCAGGAAAAUGGUUGAAGAUGUUGAUGGUGGUGGUUCCUCCAAAACCCCUUGGGUUUUAGAGUAA